AUAUUCCCCAACCGGCGUCUCCUCCACCUGACUAACCACCGACCGUAUUCUACUCGCCGCCGCUGCUUCUGGACUCGAUCAUCGUCGACCCAACAUGACCAAGGCGACGAGAAGACGACGAAGCGAGUGGUGCUCGUGAGGCAUGGGCAGAGCACGUGGAACGAAGAAGGAAGGAUUCAAGGGAGUUCCGAUUUCUCCGUCUUGACGAAGAAAGGCGAGACUCAGGCCGAAAUUUCUCGCCAGAUGCUCGUCGGCGAUUCCUUCGAUGUCUGCUUCGCCAGUCCAUUGAAGAGAUCGAAGAAAACAGCUGAAAUCAUAUGGGGCAGUCGAGAAAGUGAGAUGAUCUUGGACUACGAUCUCAGAGAAAUUGAUCUCUACUCAUUUCAAGGUCUACUCAAGAAAGAUGGGAAAGCAAAGUUCGGUGAAGCCUUUAAGCAAUGGCAAGAAGAUCCGGCAAACUUCAGCAUUGAUGGCCACUAUCCGGUAAGAGAGCUAUGGUCACGCGCUAAGAGCUCCUGGACCGAGAUUCUUGCUCACGAGAGCAACUCUGUUCUUGUUGUUGCUCAUAAUGCAGUGAACCAGGCUCUUCUAGCAACAGCAAUUGGUCUGGGAACAGAGUACUUUAGGAGAUUGUUGCAGAGCAAUUGCGGUGUAAGCGUACUAGACUUCAGAGCGAGAGCUGAUGGUGGAUCUCCUCACACACCUAAUUCUCCUCUAGCUGGUGGAAGUUCUGGUGGCCGAGAAGCUAGUAAGCAGAUCAUACUUGUCUGCCAUGGUCAGGGGGAUGAUGAGGCUAGCACUAAUGAUCAGCCAAUGAACAUGCUUGGGGUGAUACAGUCGCAGAAAACCGCAGAGCUUCUUCUUGAUCGAAGGGUGACUUCAAUAGUUUGUAGCUCUACAAGAGCCUCCAUUGAGACUGCUGGGGUAAUAUCCCGGUUUAAAGAGUUAACAGGUGCAAGAAGCUGCGGGCUGUUUGGAUCAGGGAAAGCCUGGGAAUCACUGUUAGGCGAACUAUCGGACGAGGAUAAGUCAAACCCAGGAGAUGCCAUGGUGGUGGUUGGUCCCGCAAUGGCUCACAUAUCCCUCAUAGCACAAUGCCUUAACCUCACUAAAGAAUGGCUCGGACUGUUCCAUCUAGAUGCAGGCAGCAUUAGCGUCAUAGAUUUUCCGGAUGGUCUUAGCGGAAGAGGAGUGAUCCGUUGCACAAAUUACACGGCUCAUCUUGGAAGAUGGGCCGUCCCCAUCACAAGACCUGGC